AUGCGCUUGUUGUUGAUUUUCACCGUAGCGCUAUGCAGCGUGCUGGUGGCGGUGUUUGGAUGCGAUGUGCCGCUAGUGCACUAUAAAACCAUGCAAUGUACACCGGUUGGAAGUCGUCCCGAUGGGUGUCCGGAGAGGUACGAUUGUCCGUCGAUAACGGCACACGACAACAGUAAAUGUUACUACAACGGCAAGACGUACGACAUUGACCAGACCGUACCGGACGCGGAGGUUUCACAGUUUUGCUCCGCGCAGUGUUACUGCCGAUCGGCUAAUCCGGUGGCAAAAUUCCGCUGCGUGCAUGUGGACUGUGCGGAGUUUUUCCAGCGGUUCGAUUACGACAACUGUCUGCGGCAGUACACCCGGCAAAGGUGCUGUUCGACUGGUACGGUGUGUGGCCAGGAGCGGGAUAAGCUGGCGACGUGUGAGCUGGAGGAUGAGAUCUACAAGGAAGGCCAACGUAUGCGCUUCAAGGAUAACAAGUGCCGUACCUGCAUUUGUUCUGCCGACUUUAACCGGAACGCAACCGAUACCGAUCCGAACUGUUUCGAUAUGAACUGUGGGUUCGAGCUGUUCAGCGAGAAGCAAGUGUAUGGUGGUGGGAUUCCUGUGUACAAGCAAGACGUGUGCUGUCCUUGGGAGUGGCGUAUGCCAAAACCUGCGGACAGUGUCGUGAAGGGUAGUGGCAAACCGGCGACGGACCCAAAGCUGCAAUGCAAGUACGGCAGUCUUACACUCGAUGUGGGCGAUUCGUUGGACCUGCCGCAGAAAACGGAACACGGACAGAAGAUGUCCUGUAGCUGCCAGGUCCCACCACUGAUGCACUGUACGCUGGGCUAA